CUGAACUGUGGAUAUAAGCUUAUAAGAACACGUUUUGGCGGGAAUUUGCUCAUGUUGAAUGGCUAUACGUAUUCCAAACACAGCCGUUCAUCGAACUACUAUUGUUCGAAAAAAGCCCAUGGUUGCAGAGCAAAAGUGAAAUUAGAUCACUUUGGAAUGAUAGCAUCGGAGUCGCCCUGUCAUAAUCAUGAUCCACCUAAGUACACUAUUACCGCUUCGGUUUCAAAUGCUGCAUACAAAAUGAUACCAACGCGCCGUGGCAAACAUUUACUGAUCUUUGGCAACUAUACGUUUUCCCAAAUGAACUACACAAACAAUUUUUACUGCUCUAAGAAGGACUCUGGAUGUAAAGCACGCGUAAAACUUUCUUUCGAUGGGUCAAUUCAGCAUGCCUUUACUGAGCACACUCAUCCACCACCCAAACCCGUAGACUAUGAAAUUAUAAAGUCGCAGAGAGGAAAGCAGCUGCUUCUAAUCAACGGGUACACCUUCUCCAGAGUAAGUACGAGGCAUUGGGUGUGUUCGACUAAAUUUCGGGACUGUAAAGCCCGGCUCAAGAUGGACGAAGAUGGAAACAUAAUUAGUUUGUUUAACGAGCACUGUCACCCACGGAGAAAAUUCGCGAGAACCGUUACGGGAGAUCUUGUUCGAGUGUAA